AGUAGCUGAACGAAGGAAUGCGCAGCGUCUGGUGCUCGAAGGCACAUGUGUCCGGACGCAGAGCGCUCGACGCAGGCUGGAAUAUAAGAGCUACGUGCGGAGGCUGCAAAUGAAUCGCGGGGCUGUGCGGUGAAUCUAUCGCGAAUUCGAAUUCUGCACUUUGGUGAUGGCAGCAGGCUGAGGCGCAAGCGGCCAGCGAGGAUCGAUCCGGCAAGCGCACGGACGUACAUGAAUGCUCGUCGUCGUGGUGUCGAGGGAUGGGCGGAGCAUUGUGGGCCGGUGAGGAUCGGAAGUCGUUGUGGAGUUAGGUUCUUGGAACAGGAGGCCGCCAGGGCUCGUCCGGGCCGGAGCCCAGGGACAGGAAGGGAGGAUUGAAGACGAGGGACUUGAAUUACGAUGGCGACCUCGAGGAGUGGGUCGGCGUGCAAUGGAGUCCCGUAGAGCGGUCGUUUUCGCUCUGCAGUCGCCCGGUUCUGUGGUGGGAUCAGACGCCAUUGGUGGCGGGGAGCGAGUGAUCGGGAGCAAUCCAUGCUGGGAGUCCCACGUAAGCGGAUAUUAAAAUGCAGAGCAAGUGAGUCCGCGGGCCGCCUGUUUGGCGAGUAAUCGGUUCGCAUGAUGGCGUACAUGAAUUUCUUAGACGUACGGGAGGCAGAUAAUUGGCAUUACAGAGGUGAAGGUGCGGCGAAUUUGGUCCUCGCAUAUAAUGGUUCUGAUCCAGCUCUGAUCGGGAAAGUUCUCCGGUUGCGAAAAUUGGUCGGGAACGCCGGAAAGCUCAGUCAUGGAGCCAAGGAGACACCCAUUCUUCUACCCGAAGAGCAAAUUUUAUGGGCCGAAUGGCCGCGUAUGGCAGCUGCCACCUCUACUGCGGAGCUGAAUCAUGCAUACAUAGGGGAUGUUCUGCGUCCGUUGUUGGGUGACAAGCAUGUAGAUCCCGGGAGUCUCGUUGAUGUGUCGAGGUCGUUUGUUGAAGCACUGAACCGGAACAUAGCCCACAGACGCCCCGCUUGGAGAGCCGAAACCGGCUCAUUAAUAUUGUCGAGCGGCAUUGGCCUCUUAAUUUCGGAUCAUUCGAGCUUCUCGAUUCCAAGAGAUAUCUUGACCGAGAUGCCACCUACAAUCACAGUCGAAAUCAAACCGAAGUGUGGAUUUCUGCCGGUCUUUCCCGUGAUGAAUGAAGAUAACCUCAUCAAGACGAUUGUAUCUCGUUUUGCCAUGCAUCAGACCCUCAAGUUAUCGCAAGGCAAGAUCAAAAAUAUCAGCAAGUAUUCGCCACUGGACCUCUUCUCGGGAAGCGAGAGUGGUAUUUACAAAGCAAUAUGCGAUCUUUUCAUGACGCCUCAGAAUAACUUACGUAUCUUCUGUAACGGGAAGGAAGUGUUCGGUGAGUUCGAUGACACAUCCACUAGCCCGGAGGAAGCCCGAGUGCAGUUAGAGAAUGUUCUUGGGGAAUUCUUGCCCUCAGGGGCUGAAGGACCAGUGGUGGCCUUUCAGAAACUUAUAUCUCAUUUGCUGUUUCGUAGCAACGUUUUAAAGAAACUAUUAAUCGUACAAAAACUCGAUGUUGUUGACAUCGAAGGGUCAAUCCAAGCCUAUGAGAUGUUUCUGAAACAUCUGAAGAGCUCAGCUCCUCAUUCAGGAGUUCAGGAAAGUACACCCAAUGGAAAAAUCACUGCUACGACAGGGUCACCACCUCAGCAAACUAACCUCUUGAAUGGGACUCUACAUGUGAAUGAGCCCAGGAAGCACACAAAAGUGCCUCGCACCUUCGAAGAAUGUCGCACAAUAAUUCGUGACUUCCUUAUUUCAGCCACAGCCAAAGACUGUGGCAUUAUGCUCACUUUGCUCCCGGUCGGCUCAAUGAUGUCGGACGAUAUAUCUCUUCCCGGUUCAUACGUUGUAACAUAUUCCGGCAGACAAUACUUACACAAGGUUCAUCUCUUGGAUUUGGACGUCAAGCAGCUGAAGAAGCUGCCUCAUUACUUUCAGCUUGACAAAGAAAUAGUAACAGCUUACAGGUCCUGCAGCUGCAUGGACUCUAGUUUUUCCACUCCUCUACCUGAUUGCGUUGUAAGCAGCGAGGACUCGUAGUUUUACUCGAUGGUUCAAAGUGCAAAAUUUGAAAUCUGUACUAAGGAUUAAUCCCUCCGUCAGUGUUGGUAGUAGAAGAGAACGGAUUGCUUUGCAAGUGGUUUGCCUAAACUUGUGGCUCAACGGAGGUCACUGCAGUCCUCCAUGUGAUUAUCGGCUUUUUCGAAUACUUCAGUACAGGUCAUCUUCGAGUGCUUGUUGAACUCUUGAGGUUUUUAUCGAGUGGUUUGUGGAGGGACACAUUUUUCCCACAAGGCGGCUUUGUCAAAUGAUUGCUUAUGGCAAAGGCACAAACUUCAUCCAGAGUAAAGCAAGAACCCUUGUUUUGUC